UCGGCUCACUUUGAAUCAAAUCAAGCAUGCGCGAACGAGUCGACUCGUGAUUCAGUUCGUUCAGUGAACGAGAGCAGCUCCGAGUCAAACCAGGGAUGCGUUUUCCCAAAAGCAUCGUUCGCUAACUAGUGUUGCAAGUUCUCCUGAACUGUGUUGGUAACGACGGAACUAGCGACCGCGGUUGAAUUUGGCGAACGAAUCUUUCAAAGGCUGAUUCUGUGAACCGAAACAACUAACGCAUCGCAAAAAGAUCCGAUUCAGAAGCGCGAUUCGAAGCCGAAUCGUACGUCGCUACCUAGGUAGGCAGCUCGCCGUGUUUUGAAACGCAGCCGGCGUCUGAGCAUGUGCUGUUACUGCUGCAGUGGAGUAAAAUAUGUCAGUUAUCACCGGACAGCGGCGAGAGGACAGAGGGAGCCGGUUACAAAUGUACUCUGAGGGGCAACCGGUGCGACGAUUUUCUGUUUAACUCCUCAGUUUAACACCAAAAUGAGUCCCGGCUCCUCUACAUCUACAGCAGCGGAGCAAUAAUAAGGUUCACCCAGCGUCACAUAAAGCAGUCGUCCUGUUUGAUGCAGCCGAGCUCGCGUGUCUGUGUGGUCCAGUGAUGAGCAGACUGUCAGGUUGCUGAGAAGUACAUGAGUACCACAUUAGCAUUGUCAUCGGCAGCAAAGCUCGGACGUACCGCUCUCUUUGGACCCUGACCGGAGUGUGGACAGUGAGACCGCCAGACAGCAGGAAGAUGGUCAACAUGGCAAACCCGGUGACCCCCGAGCCCCUUACGGCCCUCUCUCGAUGGUACCUGUACGCCAUCCACGGCUACUUCUGUGAAGUCAUGUUCACGGCCGCCUGGGAGUUUGUGGUGAACUGCAACUGGAAGUUUCCCGGCGUGACGAGCGUAUGGGCGCUCUUCAUCUACGGCACCUGCAUCCUGAUCGUAGAGCGCAUGUACCUCUGUCUGCGGGACCGCUGCAACGUGCUGCUCCGCUGCAUCAUCUACACACUGUGGACGUACCUGUGGGAGUUCGGCACAGGUCUGCUGCUACGACAGUUCGACGCCUGUCCGUGGGACUACUCCGAGUUUAAAUAUAACUUCAUGGGCCUGAUCACGGCAGAGUACGCCGUGCCUUGGUUCUGCGCCUCCUUCAUCGUGGAGCGCCUGGUGAUCCGCAACACGCUCCGGUUGCGCUUCGACGAGGCCGCCGAUCCCGGCCGGGCUGAAGAACGGUCGGACAGAGGCGGCGGGGGGCGAGGAGGCGGAGGGCGAAGGGCCCGAGGGGCCAGAGCAGGGGCCACCAGCGCAAACGGCUACGUGAAGGUGGAUUGAGGACGAACGGCCAUCCCCAUCUCGAAGCUCCCGUCACCCAUGACUCUCUCCCCACAUCCCUCAAUCUCUCUCCCACCCGCUUCCAGGGAUAGAGGCGCUCGGACACAGCUGGUGCAGCUCCAACAGAGACAGGAACUUUCUGAUUCACCGGCGCUCUUCGCUCUUGUGGAGGGACGUUCAUUUGCCACCUCAGUGCUCGACGUUUGCUGCCCUCGCUUCGGGCGAGUAGCCGUUAAGUUGCAGGUUUCGUCUGCAGGAGUGGUGCCCCACGGCAAAAAAAGAGAACGAACCCUCCACCUCUACCGCCAUACUGCACCUCCCAAACCAGUUGAUCCACUCCGACACUCUGGGAGGGGACAAACAAAAUGACUCGCCUUCCCUCUUUCAAAACCCCCCCCCCCAAAAAACGCAAACACAUCACUUGUAGAGAGACGAAAAGAUAUAUAUAUAUCAAGUGCUUUAAAAAACCAAAAAAGCAAGUCCUUUUAGAUUAUAAAGGUGUGUAUGAUGUAUAUGUAGUAGCAAAAGCAAAUAACUGUUAGGAUAGCUUACCUUUUGAAUGUUAGUUUGUGUUAUUUAUUCAUCUAAAAAUGUAGUUAAGAAAUGUCAUGAUAAUAUAUUAAAAAUGUAUUGUGUAUAUAUAUAUAUAUAUAUAUAUAUACUGUAUAACCUAAAGCAAUGCCUUGUACUUGAAUUUGGUGUUUUUUUUACAUUCUUCAAAAAAAAAAAAAUUUCUGUGCUCGAACAUGCAUGAAAGUUGUCUUCCAGGAUUUUUUUUCAAACUGAUCUUAGAUGUGUACCAUUUAUUUCCGUUUUUGUUUGCUUUUUCUCAUGGAGAUGAAGACCCAAAAGAGUACUGUAUUGUUUUUACAUGUGUAGAGGCCUGGUGCUCGGUACAGAAACCAUAAAAACAUCGCAGUUUCUCGUGUUUUCACCGGAGAGAAUGAGAUAAAUGUGUUGAUGAACCGGUGCUAGAUUCUCAUCGAGUCUUCUAAGGGAUCUGAUGAUAGUCACAAUAAAGGCAUCUAGUAUGUAGGUUCACUGACCUCAGGUACGUCAAUGUUAAUUAUUUCAGCUCCGUCUCUCACAUGCCAUGAAGUAACGGAUGAAGAUUAAGACAAAUACUGUGGCAAAUUAUUUAAAAUGCCAACAUCACCUUGGUAUUACCCGCAUGGCUACAAUUUCAGGUUAUGGAUUUGCCAGAAAGUUUUGUUGUAUUGGUUAUGUUGUUCCUGACCAAAAAAAAAAAAAAAUGUAUUAAAGCCACAAAUUUUUGAACGAAA